AUGACACCACACUCUACACACGUAACGUUGGACCAUGAGGGUAUUAUCCAACCCCCAGUGGAAUUUAAGGAGAGGUCGAAGUCUAAACCCAACUUGGCAGACUUUGAGACCUAUAGCAAGAUGUACAAGGAGUCGAUUGAGAACCCCAGCAAAUUUUUUGGCGAACAAGCGUUGGAGCACUUGAGCUGGGACCGCCCUUUUGACUAUGCCAGGUACCCCGUGAGUAGCGAGCAGGACUUUGCAGACGGGGACAUUGCGUCGUGGUUUGUGAACGGGCAAUUGAAUGCUUCGUAUAACGCAGUUGACAGAUGGGCCAUCAAGAAUCCUAACAAGCCAGCGAUUAUCUACGAGGCCGACGAGGAAAACGAAGGUCGUACUAUCACAUACGGCGAGUUGUUGAAGGACGUGUGUAAGUUGGCACAAUGCUUGACGAAAUUAGGCAUCAGAAAGGGGGACUCCGUUGCAGUAUACUUGCCAAUGAUCCCUGAGGCGUUGGUGACUUUGUUAGCGAUUGUGAGAAUUGGGGCCGUCCAUUCGGUUGUAUUCGCCGGGUUUUCAUCAAGCUCGUUGAAGGACCGUAUCUUGGACGCCAACUCGAAGAUUGUUAUCACCACUGAUGAGUCGAAGAGAGGUGGAAAGACCAUUGAAACCAAGAAGAUUGUGGAUGAUGCGUUGAAGAACUGUCCUGACGUGACAAACGUCUUACUUUUCAAGAGAACUGGCAACACCCACAUUCCGUUCACCGAAGGCAGGGACUUGUGGUGGCACGAGGAAAUGGCCAAGUACGGACCAUACUUCCCACCGGUACCAGUCAACUCGGAAGACCCAUUAUUCUUAUUGUACACCUCUGGUUCGACAGGUAAGCCAAAGGGUAUCCAGCACACAACUGCCGGGUACUUAUUGGGUGCUGCCAUGACGUCCAAAUACACGUUUGACGUGCACGAAGACGAUGUGUUCUUCACCGCAGGAGAUGUGGGGUGGAUUACGGGACACACCUAUGUGGUAUACGGUCCGUUAUUAUGUGGGGCCACCACCGUGGUGUUUGAAGGUACCCCAGCCCACCCUAACUAUUCGAGAUACUGGGAAAUUGUUGACAAGUAUCAGGUCACUCAAUUCUACGUUGCUCCAACUGCUUUGAGAUUAUUAAAGAGAGCCGGCACCAAGUAUAUAGAAAACUACAAGCUAGAUUCCUUGAGAGUUUUAGGUACGGUUGGUGAACCAAUUGCAGCCGAAAUCUGGCACUGGUAUAACGACAACAUUGGUAGACGCAAGUGCCACAUUGUUGAUACUUACUGGCAAACAGAAUCUGGUUCGCACAUGUUAGCGCCAUUAGCCGGUAUUACUCCAACUAAACCAGGAUCUGCCUCGUUACCAUGUUUUGGUAUUGAUGCGAAGAUCUUGGACCCAGUUACUGGUAAGGAAUUGAAGGAAAAUGAUGUCGAAGGGGUCCUUUGUGUAAAAUCGUGUUGGCCAUCAAUUAGUAGAGGUAUUUAUAAUGACUAUGCUAGAUUUAUUGAGACUUACUUGAAGCCAUAUCCAAAUCAUUAUUUCUCAGGUGAUGGGGCUGCAAGAGACGUUGACGGAUUCUACUGGAUUUUAGGUAGAGUUGACGAUGUUGUUAAUGUCUCCGGUCACAGAUUGUCUACGGCGGAAAUUGAAGCUGCGUUGAUCUUACAUGAAUCUGUUGCUGAAUGUGCAGUUGUAGGAUACGCGGACGAAUUGACAGGUCAAGCAGUUGCCGCUUACGUUUCAUUGAAAUCUAACGUGUCUGAGGACCUAGAAGUGAUCAAGAAAGAAUUGAUCUUAACUGUUCGUAAGGAAAUUGGUCCUUUUGCAACUCCAAAGACAAUUUUGUUGGUAGAUGAUUUACCUAAGACUAGAUCAGGUAAGAUCAUGAGAAGAAUUUUGAGAAAGGUUUUGGCUGCCGAAGAAGAUCAAUUGGGUGAUAUUUCGACAUUAUCGAACCCUGGUGUUGUUGCACAAAUCAUUGAUGUAGUCAAGGCUACUCGUUAG